GUGAAGGCACUGGUGGAAUUCCUCAUUAAUAAUUGUUCAGAUAUAUUUGGAGAAGAAAUCUACUCACUGUUGUCUAGGAAUACCGAUAAUUCCCUGGAUAUGACAGAAACAUCAUCACCAAAACAACAUCAUGAUUCUGCUUAUGACAGCACAGACCUUGAAGGGGAAUGCAGUCUCAGUGACCUUCAGCCCAGCGGUUUAUCCCACACUAGCAGACCAAGCAGUACAGAAUUGUACCCCAAACAGCCACGAACCCAGAUCCCUUCUGCCUUCUCCCUGGCUCAUUUUAAAAUGAUGAAGAAACUUGAGAGGAGGUCCUCAGAACCAGACUUGCAGUCUUCCAAGAAUUGCCGGAAAGGCUGUGUGAAACUUCCAAAACUUUCCAAAAGUGAGGAGAAUUUUAUUCUGCAGAAGGAAUUGGGACUGAAGGAUAGAGAGCUGAGAAUGAGAAUGCAGACAGUUGAAGAAUCCCAUCCUUCCUGUCGCUACAGGAACAAAAAGCCAUCAGAUCUCAGAAUCAAAGCCAACCUCCCCGCAGAAUUAUCAAGUGAUUCCUUACUCAGCACAUCUUCUUCCAGUUCACUAGACAGUGCUUCCUCUAUCUCGGACUCUUCUGUAUUCACUAGUUCACCACUCUCGUCACCUGCCAUUUUCAAGAACAAUGUCUUGACGCGGCCACAGUCCUUCUCUGCCAAAAUUUCAAAUGGAAGGGACAGAGCUGUCUCAGAGCUCAAGAAGCACUCCAUGUCGUUUUCUGUGGCAACUCGCAAGAAGAUGCUGGCCAAAACGGACAGUCAAAAAGGCAGUUUCAAAAAGGGUUCCAGAAAAGAAAGAUCACUUUCCUGUCAAAUCGUUCAAGCAGCUCAUGAGGCUGUUCCCAGUCCAGAACCUUCAGGCUGUCCACUAAGACCUCGUUUUAUGUCAGCAGUUGAAGUGUUUCGAUUUGUAGAUCAAAAUAAACCUAGAAGGCCUCCUUCCUAUGAAGAGGCAACCAAACACCUUUCUGCUGUUAGAUUUCCAUCACACAAUUUGAGAGCUCAUCCUCUGAGGCCCACCAAGGUUCCUCAGGAUUCUGCAUCUCAAUGGCUGAGGCUCAAGAAAGAGAUCACAAACAAAGCAAAUGACAGACUCUCUUUGAUGAACGACACCCAGGACAAAACACCAGUUGUGGAUUUUGUUAUUGGAAUUCAUUCACGGGCAAAUUUGCCUUUGACCCCUCAAGUGUACCGUCUCAGGACCAUGUCUGGGUCAUAUCAAAAGAACAAGCAAGAAUAUGUGACGCUACAGAACAAUCAGAUAACUUUUGAGCACUUACAACGUGCAAAAGAAUCCUAUGUUUAAACUUAAUUGUCUCAUUUCAGUACAAAUGUAUACAUUUUAUGCCAGGCAUGGAAACAAGACUUUUGCCAAACAUUAUUGCCUAAGCAGAUAUAAAUCCAAUUUUCCAUAAAAUUGUAUUUUGUCUAGUAUCCAGU